AUGAGUCUGCUGAGGCCCAGCGGGCUGAAGUCCCCCACCAAGAUCCUCAAGCAUGGGAGCUGGGCCCUGAAGGCACCCUCGGCCGCUGCUGCUCCCGUUGAGAAGACCAUGCCUGGGGAAAAAACCCCCAUCGCCCCCUCCUCGGAGAUGCAGGAGGAGUUUGUGGGCGACUUCCAGGUCGGGGAACGAGUCUGGGUGAACGGGAACAAGCCUGGAUUCAUCCAGUUCCUCGGGGAGACCCAGUUUGCCCCUGGUCAGUGGGCCGGGAUCGUCUUGGACGAGCCCAUCGGCAAGAACGACGGCUCGGUGGCGGGUGUGCGCUACUUCCAGUGCGAGCCGCUGAAGGGCAUCUUCACCCGGCCGUCCAAGCUGAGUAGGAGCUUGCAGGCCGACGAUGAGACCAACUGCCGGCAGCCAGCGCCUGCCGCCUGGGCCACACCGCCCCUGUCGGCCUCCCCGGCCCCUGCCAGCACCGCGAAGGUGCCCCAGUCCCCCGCGAAGGAGUCACCGGCCACCCCUCACAUCAGCAGCCUGACCAGGACGGCCAGCGAGUCCAUCUCCAACCUCUCUGAGGCCAGCUCCCUCAAGAAAGGGGAGCGGGAGCUUAAGCUUGGGGACCGGGUGCUGGUGGGAGGCAUGGAGGCCGGUGUGGUGCGCUUCCUCGGGGAGACGGACUUCGCCAAGGGGGAUUGGUUCGGCGUAGAGCUGGACAAGCCACUGGGCAAGAACGAUGGUGCCGUGGCCGGAACGAGGUACUUCCAGUGUCAGCCCAAGUAUGGCUUGUUUGCUCCCAUUCACAAAGUCACCAAGAUCGGCUUCCCGUCCACGACGCCGGCCAAGGGCAAGGUGGCCGCUGUGAGGCGUGUGAUGGCCACCACCCCCGCCAGCCUGAAGCGCAGCCCUUCGGCCUCCUCGCUCAGCUCCGUCAGCUCCGGGGCCUCAUCCGUGAGCAGCAGGCCCGGCCGCACGGGACUAUUGCCGGAAACCUCCUCCCGCUACGCGCACAAGAUCUCCGGCACCACCGCCCUCCAGGAGGCGCUGAAGGAGAAGCAGCAGCACAUUGAGAAGCUGCUGGCCGAGCGGGACCUAGAGCGGGCGGAGGUGGCCAAGGCCACGAGCCACAUGGGGGAGAUAGAGCAGGAGGUGGCCCGCCGGAACGGGCACGGCCAGCACGUCCUGGAGCUGGAGGCCAAGAACGACGAGCUGCGGGCCAUGCUGGAAGCGGCCGACUGGGAGAAGGUGGAGCUGCUGAACCAGCUGGAGGAGGAGAAGAGGAAAGUGGAAGACCUCCAGUUCCGAGUCGAGGAGGAGUCCAUCACCAAAGGCGACCAGAUGGAGGUGAAGUCCCUGCAGGCGGCCUCUGAGAAGCUCGCCAAGGAGAACGAGUGCCUGAGGACCAAGCUGGACCAUGCCAACAAGGAGAAUGCGGACGUGAUCGCCCUGUGGAAGUCCAAGCUGGAGACGGCCAUCACCCCGCACCAACAGGCCAUGGGCGAGCCGAAGGCAUCCGUGAGCCAGGGCGUGGGCGCUGAGGCGGCCGAGCUGGCCGAGCUCAAGAUGCAGAUCGAGAGGCUACAGUUCGAGUACCAGCAGGAGGUGGAGAGCCUGAAGGCCCAGCAGGCGGCUGUGCGUGCAGCGCAUGCCUCUGAGCUGAAGACGCUCAGGUCGCGGCUGUUCAGGAUGGCCCAGGAGCAGAAGAACAGCCUGGAGGCCGCACGGGCCAAGCUCGACCAGAUCGAGGACCAGCACCUGGUGGAGAUGGAGGACGCCCUGAACAAGCUGCAGGAGGCGGAGACGAAGGUAAAGCACCUGGACGGGUUGUGGGCCGUGUGUAGUCAGCAAGCCCAGGCCCUGGCCAAUGCCACGGCACAGCUGGAGGCCACCCAGCAGAAGCUCUUGCAGCUCGAUGGGCUUUGGAAGGCCAGUUCCUAAGGUCAAUUGGGAAUGGAGAAGCUCAGGCAGCAGCUCCAGGUGGCUGAGCAGCAGAUUCAGGAGUUAGAGAAUGCAAAGCGGGCCGAGAGCUGCAGGUUGGCCGAUAGCCUGGCCGAGGAGCUGCAGGGGAAGGGGCUAGCGCUUCAUAGUCUUCAGGAGAACUUGAAGGUGGACGUGAGCCGCAGCCAGUGCCAGGCUCUACAGGCCGAGCACGCCAAGGCCAGCGUGGAGAGCCAGGGGCAGCACGAGGAGGCGCCGCAGGCCCUGCAGCAGCUGCUGCUGCAGGCGAAGGAGAAGCUGCAGGCGGUGCAGGCGGAGAACGGGAGACUGCUGCGGGAGGUGGCCGAGCUGAAGACACAAGCCGACAAGGCCAAGAGUAACACUUUAAGAGAAUCCGAGUUCAUAAGAGACUCCGAUGAAGAGAAAGCUUCCCUGCAGAAAUCCAUCAGUAUUACCAGUAACAUGCUCACGGAGAAGGACACAGAGCUGGAGAAGCUGAGGAAUGAGGUCUCCCUGUUCAGGGCAGAAAAUGCCUCUGCCAAGUCCUUGCUUUCAGUUGUUCAGUCCCUGGAAUCUGACAAGGUGAAACUGGAGCUCAAGGUCAAAAACUUGGAGCUUCAACUCAAAGAGAACAGAAGGCAACUCCAGAUUUCUGCAGGUAAUUCUGAUUCUCGAGCAGAUGAGGACGAAAGGGCCCAGGAGAAUCAGGUAAUAUUUCUUUGCUGUGAGUGCUACCUGGACAGCGACCAGAGGAGCCUGUACCACGCGGCCAAGGGCCUGAUGACGCUGCAGGGCUGUGCGGGACCAUCCCCUAGAUCUUCUGCAAGGCAAGUGGCCAAUAUGAUGAUCAGGAUGAAGGGAGAGUUUACUGAAAGUCAGAAUUCAAUAUUUCCUGUUUUUGAUAACCUCUUGUUGCUUGAUUGA